AUGGUCGUCUCAGGAUCAUGGCAUGGCCCAAGAGGUUCACCUCACCAUUACACCCAGCCUCGACCCCAACCUCAAGCCUAUACCCAAGCUCCACAUAAUCCACCCCAACACUACUUCCCACCACAAGAACCUCAAUAUUCAAUCAGACCACCCCAAUAUCAUGUCCACCACGCACAGUCAUAUGCUCAACCCCCUCUUUACCCGCAAUGGCGUGCUCUAACUCCACAAAAUCCUUAUCCACCCCCACAACCACAUCGAAACCCAACUGGUCCAAGCUUUCGGCCGAGGCCAGACUAUAGAAGAGAAAGGCAGCGGAAACAAACUUUCACCCUGCUUGGAGAGUCCUAUACCAGGCACGACACAGAAAAGUGUUGGCAUUUGAAAAGCGCAAUCCAAGAGCUUAUUAAUACAAAUCAAAUUGUGAUCCAGAGCCCGGAAGCGCCAAAUAUCAACCAAAAUCCUUUGCCAGCACAUGCAGAGACGCACAUUAUUGAGAUAGUGCAUAAGGAUGGGGAACCCGAGAAGUCUUCAAAGUCUGUCAUGAUGAUCCGUGCCAGUGAAAGUACUUCAGUUAAAACUCCAAUUUCUACAAAUGCAACACCCUCGACAGCUGAAGGGUUGACAGAUAAGCUAAGCACGCCCAACGUGAAGCCGCCUUUAUUAGUCGUGAAAGGGUUCCCAGAUGAUGUUGGAACAAAGCAAGGAAAGCCAAGAGUGUUCGUGCCAGGAGUAGCAAGUAAGCCUGUCAUAAUUGUGGAAGUGGCUCGCAUUGCCCCUGUUGUUAUUAAAGCAGUGACCCAGCUGACAGUAGAUGAUACCAAGGCUAUUCCGUGGAAUUACAAGCAAGUGAUUGUAACUUAUAAAGGGAAAGAAGUGGAGGAGGAUGUUAAUGAAACCGGAGGGCUGACUCGUUCGGGGAGAUGCUUUACCCCAGAGGAAUCGAGGAAGGCCAAGCCGUUCAAAGAUAGCCCAAUCCUAGUGAAAAAGCCAGUUACCGAAGAGGAGGCGGAAGAAUUCCUGAGAAAAAUGAAGGUGCAGGACUACUCCAUCGUGGAACAGUUAAGGAAAACACCAGCUCAGAUUUCUCUUUUAUCAUUACUGAUACAUUCAGACGAACACCGCCGGGCACUCAUGAAGAUUUUGAAUGAGGCCCAUGUCCCUGAUAAGAUCACGAUGAACCAUUUGGAGAAGAUUGCUAACAAGAUAUUCGAGGCAAACAGGAUCACUUUCUCAGAUGACGAACUUCCCCUGGAGGGUACAGAACACAAUCGAGCUCUUUAUCUCACAAUGAAAUGCGAGGAUUCUGUGGUCUCGAGGGUCCUAGUUGAUAAUGGUUCCAGUGCAAAUAUUUUCCCUCUCUCCACUCUCCAAAAGUUGAAAAUCGAUACUGAAAGGAUCCACAGGAACAGUAUAUGUGUUCGUGGUUUUGACGGAGGGGGAAAGGAUUCUGUUGGCGAUGUAAUGCUCGAACUGACAAUAGGGCCAGUCGAAUUCACUAUGGAGUUCCAAGUGCUAGAUGUGGCCGUUUCCUACAAUUUAUUCUUGGGCAGGCCCUGGAUACAUGCUGCCAAGGUUGUCCCGUCUUCUCUGCACCAAAUGGUAAAAUUCGAGUGGGAUAGGCAGGAAAUAGUUGUGCACGGUGACGAGAACUUACGUGCUUACAAUGACACAUCCGUCCCGUUUAUUGAAGCUGAAGAUGAUAAAGGGCCUUGGGUCUACCAAACUUUCAAAACAGUGUCAGUUGAGAAGAUUCCGGAGGGGGAAUUCAUUCCAGGUCCAAAGCUAGCCUCCGCGUCCGUCAUGGUAGCAAAUGAAAUGCUGAAGAAUGGUUUUGUGCCGAGCAAAGGUCUGGGUUCAUCUCUACAGGGUAUCGUGCAUCCAGUGUGUCUACGUGAAAGUGUGGGUACAUUUGGUCUAGGAUUCAAGCCCACAGGGGAGGAGGUGAAGAGGGCUAAAAGGUUGAAAAACAAGGCAUGGUCACUCCCUAAUCCUGUUCCACACAUCUCCAGGUCCUUUGUCAAGCCAGGGGUCGUAAGGCGCCCAAUGUCAGCGGUCCCAAUAUGGUGGAAAUUGGGGAAGCCUAGUGAACAUUCACUCAUUUUGGAUAUAACUGAUCCAUCAAGCUUAGUUCACCACAUGAAACCAUCAAUUUCAGCAUAA